UCAUGUGACAUGGUUAGGCUUCACAUGACCAAACCCACUCUCUGCAAAGCCAGCCAAGAAAAGUCCAUUUCUGCGAUGCAGUACUGGUGUAGAUUAGUGUGUGUGAGUACAGCUGUAUCUCUCCUGGCUCUGUGUGUGACUGCUGUGGAUAAAGGCAACUUUAAGACAUGUGAUAAGAGCAGUUUCUGCAGGCGCAACCGUGCCCUCCCCAAAGGGGAUUCCCCCUACAAGGUGGAUCCGGACUCCAUAGAGGUACAGAGUACAGGAUGUGCCAUGGAUAUAAUCAACACUCGGAGCAACGUGGUGCUGCGUGGGGAGAUCUCCACUCUCGAGGGUAACAUGUUCCGACUCAAGAUCGACGAGAAGGACGGACUACGACUUCGAUAUCAAGUGGAGGGUGCUCUGGUUGGGCGACCAAAGCUUGAGGGGUGCAAAGUUCAACGGAGCAGUACUGGCCUUGAGGUAACGUCUGAGACGACCAAGGUGGCUGUGACCUUCGACCCUUUCCAAAUGGAUUUCUAUGUCAACAACGAGAUAGCAGUUGUGUUGAACUCGAGAGGACUGAUGAACUUUGAGCACUACAGGAACAAAAAGGAGCCCCCAGUGCAGGAGGAGGAAGUCCCUGAGGCUGAGGGGGAUGCCCCUGGGGAUGAGGAGGCUAACGAGGAAGUUGCAGAGGAGGAGCCAGAGGCAGAGGCAGUGAAUGUUGAGGAUGAAGAGCCUGAAAUGUGGGAGGAGACUUUCAAGACAUACCCUGACUCAAAACCUUAUGGUCCCAGCUCCGUGGGUCUAGACAUCUCCUUCCCUGGGGUGGAGCAUGUGUACGGAUUACCAGAACAUGCAGACUCACUAGCCCUCAAGACCACAAAUGAUGGUGAUCCCUAUCGUCUGUACAACCUGGACGUGUUUGAAUACGAACUCAACAACAGAAUGGCUCUGUACGGGUCCAUCCCACUCAUGCUGGCACACAACUGGAGCAAGACGGUGGGUGUGUUCUGGCACAACGCUGCAGAGACCUGGGUCGACAUCACCAACUCUGCUGCCAACAAGAACAUCCUUGGCAAGCUGCUCUCCUAUUUCCAGACCGAGGAGGAGAUACCUCAGACUGACACUCACUGGAUCUCUGAGAGUGGGAUCAUCGACCUCUUCAUCAUUUUGGGACCACGCCCACACGAUGUCUUCCGACAGUACUCGUCUCUCACGGGCACCACAAUGCUCCCACCUCUGUUCUCCAUAGCGUACCACCAAUCAAGAUGGAACUACAACGAUGAGAACGAUGUUGCCAAUGUGGACGAGGGAUUUGACGCUCACGAUAUUCCCUAUGACGUUCUCUGGCUGGACAUUGAACACACCAACGGGAAGAGAUACUUCACGUGGGACUCUGCCAAGUUCCCCACGCCUGAGGCUAUGCAGGACAAGUUGGCUGCCAAGGGGAGGAAGAUGGUCACCAUUAUCGACCCUCACAUCAAGAGGGACAGCAAUUACCACAUUCACAAGGAGGCGGAGUCAAGUGAUGUGUACGUGAAGAAGUCUGACGGGGGCUCAUCGUAUGAGGGGUGGUGUUGGCCAGGCUCCUCCUCCUGGAUUGACUUCCUCAGUCCUCAGAACAGACGAUGGUGGGCAGAACAGUUUAGCCCAGAUAAGUAUCAGGGUUCUACACUGAAUCUGUUCACUUGGAAUGAUAUGAAUGAGCCGAGCGUAUUCAAUGGACCAGAGGUUACAAUGCAUAAGGACUGUCGUCAUGGUGACUGGGAGCACAGAGACGUGCACAACAUAUACGGCAUGCUCCAACACCAAGCAACGGCCGAGGGUCAGAUCCUGAGGUCAGGGGGUACAGAGCGACCAUUCGUUCUCUCCAGAGCCUUCUUUGCAGGCACUCAGCGAUUCGGUGCUAUUUGGACAGGUGACAAUAAGGCUGACUGGGGCCACCUCAAGAUGUCCCUGCCCAUGCUCCUCUCAGUGAGUGUGGCAGGUCUCCCCUUUGUGGGCGCAGAUGUAGGAGGAUUCUUCAUGAACCCUGACCCCGAGCUCCUUGUCAGGUGGUAUCAGGCUGGAGCCUUCUACCCAUUCUUCCGAGCUCACGCCCAUCUAGACACUCGUCGUCGGGAACCAUGGCUACUAGAGUCGGACAAAAUGACCGUCAUUCGAGAUGCCAUUCGAAUUCGUUACGAGCUUCUCCCCCUCUGGUACACAGUGUUCUAUGAGUCUACACAGACUGGGCUGCCGGUGAUGAGACCUCUCUGGCUCGAGUAUCCUAGGGAUAAGAAUACCUAUGGGAUAGAGGACCAGUUCUUGGUGGGGGAUAGUCUAAUGGUGAGGCCAGUGACUGAGCAGUACACCACGUCCGUGCACCUGUACCUGCCUGGAGCUACUGCUGUCUGGUAUGACUACAGUGACUACACUCCCUACAAUGGAGCAACCAAAUAUUACAUCAACACACCACUAGAUAAGAUUCCUGUGUUUGUGAAGGGUGGAGCUAUAGUCCCCAAGAAGAUGAGGGUUCGAAGGUCGUCCUCUCUCAUGGCUGAUGAUCCAUACACUCUUCUGGUAGCACUGAACACAGAGGAGAAAGCCAAGGGCAAGUUGUACAUUGAUGACGGUCACUCGUACAACUACCAGAAAGGGGAGUAUCUAGUCCGGCAGUUUGCCUUCUCCAAUAAUCAACUAACGAGCAGCUCAGGUGAUCCAGCAGGAUCUUACGUAACUAAGUCUUGGUUGGAGAGAGUACUGGUGGUGGGCGUGGCCAAAGCACCCUCCUCUGUUACCAUUCAGACAGGUGGGACCACUAACAAUCUACAGUUCAGCUAUGAUGAUGUUAACAAGAACCACGUUCUGACCAUCAAAAAGCCAGGACUGAACAUUGCUACAGACUUCACAAUCUCUCUCAACUACAGCUAACUAGCCAAUCUCGAUAUCGGAACUAAUUGACUUAAAUUUUGUGAACUGGUAUCCAUUUUUUUCACUAGGGGAAAUGUAAUUUAUACGUGAAAUCACAAUUAUUCAACACUUGCAUUGUACAAAAUGUGAAUUAUAACCA